UAAUAAACGAUUUGACCGCUCCUUUGUACUUCAUAAUGUUACGGGGUCACCUUGAGAUUAUAAUAGAACGAAUUCAAAAUGUCGGCUGGGAUCCUACGAAAACACAAAAGGAAAAUUAUGAAGAUCUCAUUGGUUGUAUUGAGGACCAUCGGAUUAUAAUGGAGAUUUACAACAUAUUGCAAAACACCAUUUCGAUUACCAUCUUCAUUCAGUUUGCCAGUACUGCGACCGCCGUUGCCAUCGAAAUAUUUGUGAUCCUGUUUUAUGCAGUAAACUUUACACAAGUCAUGAUGCUUUUCAUAGCCGCUGUAGCGUUUACUAUUCAAAUCCUUUUCUGCUGCUACUAUGUCAACAACUUCACAGUAGUAACAGGCGAAUUGGUGACUGCCAUUUAUUCCUCAAAUAUUUUCGAUCAGUCAAAGGAGUUCAAAAAAACUGCCAUCAUUUUUAUGCAAAUGACCCAAAAACCGAAAAUUGUUCUGGCAGGAAAAGUGUUCCCGAUUACCUUAACUACAUUUGCUUCGAUUAUGAGAAUUUCGUAUUCAAUUUUGACUGUGGCCAAUCAAAUGCGAUAAAUUGAAGAUAUUGUGCUGGAGAUCCACGUAGCAUUGUAAUAACAUUUCAGUGUUCAAUUUGUCACCUUCCUCAGUUUAUUACUCUGCACCCUAAUUCCCUAACUUCGUUGACACUGGAUGCUAACUACGUGUAAAAUUGUAAAUUCCAAAAAAAAGUUUUGCGAAUUAAAACUCCGUCAAAGAGAAUUUAUAACAA